AUGGUUCCUCGACCUGACGCCUCUGCUUUGCGUGUCACUUGCUACAGGGCAAUCGGGACAGUGAGAGAUGCCCAAACAGUUGUCUCUGAAUGCAUAAAUGGGCGUUGGAAUCUGGUUCCACGAGGCCCAAACGAUUCAGAAGCUAUGCAGUUAACCCGAUAUGAUGCAGUUUUCGUCUUUGAAGUCAAGGGCCAAUGUCCCGACCCGACCGAGCGGCUUGAAGCAUCUGAGCCAAAAUUUGACAUCACGACCAUCUCAAGCAACGCUCGAGUCGACCUCAAACGGAAAUCUAUAACAAUCACCGUGGAUGGCCGAAAGUAUGGCGUUGUAGUGAUCUACAGAUCGCAAAGUCUUACGGAAUUUGAUCUACGGACCAGACACGACAACCGACUGGGAGACUCUCAUUCACAGUUGUCUUGGCCUUCCGAAUUAGUUCAGCCCAGAAGCCUUGCGAUACCCGAGACGUACAUUGGGGAUUGUAUGGCCAUCGCAGAAAGGGUACGACAAGGCUGGAAAGAUAAUGAAGAUCUGAGAAGAUAA